AUGGAUAUAAGCGUGAAUGAGAUGAGGGUGAAGAUGUUCAACACUAAGGAUUAUCCGACCAAAGUUGAUAUGAAAUAUAGAGAAAAAACACAGAGAAAAUCCAUGUGGGGGAUGAUGAAUUCAAACACAACAAGAUCUAAUAAUAAUAAUGAUUUGCCUCCUGGAUUUGAACAUGGUAUUCCUGUAACUCAAACAGGAAUGAAAACUUCAUAUGUUUUUUCUCAAACUCAAUGGAAAUGCCCUCUUAAGAUUAUGUUAAGUCCUUCUUGGAGAGUUGUUUCUGGUGAGGAGAGUGAAGAAGUCAAGCAUCAAAAAUUGAGAGAGACAAGAGUGUUUAAAGCAAUUUAUCCAAGACUUUCUUCAAUUCCUUCAAACCCUAGUGUUUUUCCUGAGGUGAAAAAUGGGUACUAUGAUGAUGGUCGAACUCCACUUGUCCCAUUAAUUCCCAUUGAAGAAGAAUCAGCAAAAUUAUUAUCAGAAAAUUUUAUAGACUUGGAUUUACUCAUUAAAAUUCUUAGCAGUCCAAAAAUGAUUAACAACUUGAUGAAAUUGAACAACUUUAAUAAUAAUGUUCCAACACAAUGGGGUAUUGCUGAAGAAAUAGAGACUACUAGUGCCAAGCGAAUUAAACUGUAUUAA